CCACACGUCCUACAAGACCCGCCUGCCGCUGCCCUCACGUUUCUCACCGCGGCGCUCGGUGACUUUGAGCUCCUCCGCGUCACCGCCGACGCCAGGGAGCCGUCUGGGCCGACGAAGUAGGCGGCAAUGGGGACCCUCCGCCUGCUGGCGGGAAGUUGUUUUAGGUUAUGUGAAAGAGAUGCCUCCUCAUUGCUGAGGCUUACCAGAAACUCUUACUUGAAGAGAAUAAAUGGAUUUUGUACCAAACCACAGGGAAGUCCAAAAGCUCCAUCCCACACUUAUAGCCACAGAGUGCCAUUACACAAACCCACGGAUUGGGAGAGGAAGAUCCUGAUAUGGUCAGGUCGCUUCAAAAAGGAAGAUGAAAUACCAGAGACAAUCUCGUUUGAGAUGCUCGAUGCUGCAAAGAAUAAGGUCCGGGUGAAGGUCAGCUACAUAAUGAUCGCCUUGACAGUGGCAGGGUGCAUCCUGAUGGUUAUUCAGGGAAAGCAGGCUGCAAAAAGACACGAGUCUUUAACAAGCAUGAAUUUAGAAAAGAAAGCACGUCUGAGAGAGGAAGCAGCUAUGAAGGCCAAAACAGAGUAGCGGAGGUAUCUGUGUUGGCUGUAUUUUGAAAUCCAGGAUAAUGCUGCAGCAAGAAUGUGGUGUAAGGAUCCAUUUCCUAAAAGUAUGGUUUGCACAAAUUUAUACCAUUGCCCUAUUUUUGCUCUGGAGGUACAAAUAAAUUUUCUGAAAGAAAUGACUUGUCUGUACUUUAUGGCUUGAUCCAAGUUAAAAUGCAACCUCUCAGCUUUUUGGAGAAAAUGAAUGAAAAAUGAGAUAGUGUGUUUCAACUUUUUUGUUGUUGUAUUUCAAUUUUCAUAUUAACUCUCUUUUUAGAGUCAGGUGCCAUAUCUUACUUUAAAUCCUAUUGCCAAAAUAACUUUACCUAGAUGCCAAAGUGACGUCUAGUUCUGUGUUUCCCUCUUAACAUCAUUUCUGGGGAAAGUCAGUUGAGUACACGGCUCAGGUGCCCCAUAAAGAGCCAACCACCCCCUGUGCAGUGGUGCUUCUCAGCAACCUGGGAAGCAUCCGAACCCACUUUGCCCUCUUGGGGGGUGGGGCAGCAGACAAGCUUUUAGGAGAACAGUGUUUGAAAAAGUCUUGCCAGGGUGAUGGGUACGGUCUGACCAUGCGUUUCUGAGGACUUUGAAAUCCCAGCAUCACUUACACCUGGUAUGUAUCUUAUUUACACUUUGGGGUGCCAAGUUGUCCAGUGUGAAUGCAGGCUUUUAAACAUUUAUUCUCACAUGCUUCAUGUGUAUUUGUGGAUGACAAGUUCUCAUAGCCAUCCUAACCUGCUAGUUCUCCCCAGAGGGUUAUAACACAUUAGAAAGUAAUAGCUACAGUUGUUUGGGAACUCAGUUUAAUAAAACCAAUCUAUAGCUUUAUAAUCCAUCUGAUGGCAUUAAUAUCUGUGUAUGUACUUUGAGUAAUUUAACCUUAGCUUUUUUUAGAUACUACAUUCCUUGACUGUUACCACUUGCAAAUUUAUCAAAAGGAACUGCUUAUGUAUUAUCAGAUUUCUUAAUUAUUUUGGCACACUUAUGAAUGUUGUAUCUUAACUAAUACAGUAUUUUAAAUAUGGGUAAAUCUUCGUGUAUUUCUUUUAAAAUAAAGUAU